AUUUUAUCUUAAGCAGUUUCAUCACAAUUUAAUGCCUAAUGAAUAUGUGAAUGAUUAAUCUUAAUUUUUCAAUCUCGACGAAUCUUGCAGAGAUUAGUACCGUUGAUGUCUUAGAUGACAUGGCAGAGUUUGGAUGGGGUUUGUCAGAAGAGUUGUUACUGAAAUCUCAAAAGGAGCUUGGUGAGGAGCAGAGUCGACACAGUGAAGAUAUAGCGGAUGUAAAGGAGCAGAUUGAGACUCGUCCAGAUAUAAAAUUUCUAAGAACUGAUGAUGCUUUCGUACUGAGGUUCUUACGUGCCAGGAAGUUUGACACAGUAGAGUCCUUUAAGUUACUGGCUAGAUACUUUGAAUUUCGCCAGAACAACCCAAGUCUUUUUAAGAACUUUAUUGCUUCUGAAGCUGGUAUCAAAGCCUCACUGUAUGAUGGUCUUCCUAGCGUCUUACCAAACUGUGACCAGAAAGGCAGGAAGAUCAUUGUGUUGUUUGCUGCAAACUGGGACAAUGGCCGUUACCAGCUUCCGUCGGUGUAUAGAGCUAUACUGCUGACAUUGGAAAAACUUAUUGAUGAUGAGGCAUGCCAAAUAAAUGGAUUUGUUUUCAUCCUGGACUGGAGCCAGUUCACAUUUAAUCAAUCAAGAUCACUUAAUCCAAAGGUUUUAAAGCAAAUGGUUGAAGGACUUCAAGACUGUUUUCCGGCUCGAUUUGGUUCCAUACACUUUGUUAACCAACCCUGGUACAUAGAGGCAAUAUGUAAAAUCAUUCUACCAUUCCUCAAAGAAAAAAGUAGAAGAAAGAUACAUAUGCAUGGAAUAAACUUGGGACUACUUCACCAGUUCAUCAGUAAAGAAGUGUUGCCUGCUGAGCUCGGAGGAACACUUCCUGAGCACAAUAUCACGAGCUGGGCAAAGGAGCUGGUGGGAGACGAGAACUUUAGCUUUGGAGACAAGCAUAUAUACUGGCCAGAUCACUGUUUCUUCAAGACCAGGUCCAAGUCCUUCCCCACUUUUCACCUGAAACAAAAUUUGGAUCAGAAUGAGAUUAACAGUAGAUUAGAUGAGGAGUUCUUUCUGAUCGACUAGUGAAGUGGCUCUUAACAACUAGCCUGUUCAUAGAAGAUUUGUUUUGACCAAUUUGAGAUUAAACAAAAAGAGUAGAAUUUUUAAAUGUCAAGUGUACCUUGUAUUGCUAAUAUAAUAGAUUUUACAGCAAUAUCUCAGAGUGUGUGCAUGUGUGUGUUGUAUAUGAAGAGUAUCAUUUUUGGAGAUUUUAUGUUCCUUGCUAAAAACUUAGUGCAUGCUGAAAUUUAUGUUGUUAUGUGUCACAUAUGGUAUUGUAAUUGAUGAUAUUAAUUGUGUAUUAUAUGUGUAUAUUUACAUUUUCCAGUGUCAUUGCCUGUGAUAACACUACGUAUCGAUUUUGUACUAUAAAACCCAUAACUACAAAUUGGGGCGUCAGUGGGGUUUGCUUAUUUAUAUUUAAAUAGUUAAUUGUACAAUGGCUUAAAAUAAUAUAUUAAAUAUAAGUAAUAACUAAUCAUUCUUUGAAUAUUAUGAGAUGAUAAUUCCGGUCGGGGCGUGAUCAAAUCUAUCAUAAAGCCCUUCGGGCUUUAUUGGAUUUGAUCACACCCCGACCAAAAUUAUCAUCUCAUAAUACUCAAAGAAUGAUUCCUUAUUCCUUAUAUAUUGAGAAUAUGGUAAUUUAAGUUAUUGUAAAUAAAGAAGAUGGGGGAAUAAGAUGGCGCAAAUGCCCAUCUGGUUUAGUAGUGAAAUACAAUAUUGAAUUUACUUUUUCCCAAUUAAAUCCAUGCAAAUACCGGUAUAUUAUAAUACAAGUUUGCAAAAGCACAAUUUCUAACUAUAUUGAUGUUUUAAUAAAUUUAAAAAAAGAUAAGAAAAAAAAAUAUUGCCUGAAUUUUUGGUAGCAUCGAACCCAUAACAUAAAACCCUCGAUAUAUAAAGUUAGCAUAUGUCGGGUACUCUAACCACUGAGCCAUUUCAGACACAUCAAAGUAGGCUGUUUAAAUAUUACAUGUGACUUUGAUCACGAAUUUACAGACUUGUAUUAUUUUUUGAAAACGUUCAAUUGUUGGGAUACAAAAUGAUAUUUUUAUUGUAUAGUGGGUCAUCUCUCCACGUUUUUGUUGAUUGAAAUCGGUUUGUUUUCCGAUAGACCUUAUUCAGACUAUGAGAAAAAUAUGAAGCACAGACCCACUCUAUAAAAGAAAAUGUCUUGAAGUUCUAAAAAUUGACAGUAUUUGCAGGUUUUGAUACGUAUACGCCUGUUUGAGUUGACAUAUUCCAAGUAUUGAACAUAUUUAGAGGAUAAAAUUCAAUGAUAUGUUAAAUAUAUAUUGUUUUAAAUGAUUUUUUUAAAACAGUAUCAGAUUUAUUCAUAUUUUAAUUUUUCAGUAGCUUGUCCAACCGUGUAUGGCUAUUUUACACCCCUUAUCCACCCAUCUUCUUACAGCUUUUAGCAUAUUUAGGUACGGGUACUUCACCAAGAAUAAAUACUGGUAUGAUGAAUUGUCUGAUGUGUUGUCUAAGACAAAAAGUGUACAGUGUUUUUUUGGGAUAUUGCAUAUUGGAAAUGGGUACCAGUUUGCUUCUGAAUGAGAUUGUUAAAAAUGCCACCAGCAAAGUUUACAUUUAAUACAUAUGUAUUAGGUUUUUUUUAAUCUAUUGUUUUAAUUCAAGAUAUAUUCAUAGCCUGUAAAAUACACAAAUCCAUAACUGGUUUGGAUAUUAAAUCCAUGAUAUAAAUACUGUGAAAAAAAUAUUUGAUUCUGACUUGAAAAAAUGUUUGUCAAGUCAAAUGUUUUGUUAAAAAAAAUUUGAACACUGUUAAUCAAAAGGGCUUCUUGCUUUUUUCUGAACACAUGUAUAUAUCAUGAAAUCCAACAUGUACCUUUAUUGUGAGUAACUUUACAAAAGUAACUUUGCACAUUCCAAGGGGUCUGCCCCCUUCCAAUUAAGUCAGUCAUGAAUACUUUUUGUGUAUUAUGUAGUGUCAGUAGGUUAUCUUUCAUACAUGUUCACUUAUAUACCUGUUAGGCUGUACAUGAAUGUACAUGUUCACUUGUACAGUAUAAGUCACUAGAUAAAGAAUCAGAUAACUCUUUCUUCUCUCAUCACUGACUGGUUCUGAAACUCAAAAAUUUAAAGUUACUUUAUAUGUCAUCCUAAUAUAAGUGUUGAUAAAUCUGUGUAGUUAGAGCACACAUCUUCAGUGAAAUUAUGUUCCUGGGUCCCAUUCCCUGUUUUCUUUUCUUGAACAACAGACUUCAAAAACUCAUGGAGACAGAACUUAUUUUAUGAUAAAGUUUAAUACAAUGAACUUUGGUAGUUUGGGCUGUUGACCAUAUCAUUUGACAGCACUGCCUGAUCAAAGCUACUGUCUUUUAUCUCUCCAAUGUAUUAACUUUUAAGUAAAAAAAAACCCAUGCUCUUUAAUGUCUAAUGUACAUUAAGUAAUGUAUACCAAUUUUAUUUGUUAACUUACUACAUAUAAAGUUAAUGCAUUGGUUUGUUGUAAAACAUACCAUUAUAUAUCAUUCAUAUCAUAUUUAUAAAACUUAUAUAUUGUGCAUUAUGAAGGAUUUUGUCAUUGGUUUUUUUUAUCCUAUAUUGCCAGGCAAGCAAUAAUAUGUGUACCAAAGGCUUUGCUUUCUUAUUGUUAAGAUUAUAUUCUUUGAUGAAGCUCUUAAAAUUGUACUGUUGUGUGUUUGAGAGUUAGUUUUUAAAUUCUGCAUUGUUGCAUGAGAGCCACAAGGAUAAUUAUUAUAUUUUUUUCAUAUGGUUCAGUUACUGUGAUGAUUUAGUUCUUCAUAAUAAGGUCUCAGUUUUUUUAAAACAGGGUUUUACAUGAAUAUAAUCCAGUUAUUGAAAUGGCAGGUAGGUGGAUGGCUGCCUUUUGUCUGGAUAACUCCUCCUACAGUUUUCAAAAUAAGACAUUUUUUGUUUUGCAGAUCAAUUUAACCUAUAUCACAGAUGUGCAUACUACUUGCAUUUUGAUUUUAACCAGGUUUUCAAAAGAAAAAUCCGGUUAGAGAAAAAGUUUUUAAAAAAAAAAAGGCAGGCAGCUGCCAAAAAGGUACCCCUCUUGUACGCAUAACCACUUCUACAGUUUUCAAGAUAGGAAGUUGAUGUUUUGCAGAUCAAUUGGACAUAUAUAAGAAAAGUGCAAUAUAUUUUGGAUUUGGAUUUUUGAUAAUUUAUGAAAAAAAUACAAGCUGUUAACUUAGUCUUUUUUCUUGCAGAAUAUUGCACAUAAGGUGCCCCUAGAUCAAUUUUACUUAUUUCAGAAAUGUACAUACUGCUUGCAUUUUUAUUUUUAAUAAUAAUUUUAUUGGUAAAUAAUUUUAUAUAUAUAUUUAUAUAUAUAUAUAUAUAUAUAUAUAUAUAUAUAUAUAUAUAUAUA